AUGCCUUCAAGCCCCAACUAUCAAUCCAUCCAAACCAGGACAUAUUGGACAGUCUCCCACAUGUUCAAAAACAACAGAGAGCUUAGACCUAUCGAAUGUUACGGAGAGACGGGAAAAUGGGGAGAAAAUAUGAAAUCACUCAAAUACGGCCACACCCUCCAGUGUGAUACUAAGAUCUUCGUGAAUAUCAUUAUCACCGACUAUCUUCUCAGAGAAACCGUUCAGCAGGAGGAGACCGUUAAUAGGAUAUUCCGAGAAGUGAAUGCAGAUCAAAAGAGACAGCUAUGUCAGUACGAGAACGAGCCUCAAGACCUUCGACACAAACAUAGCGAGACAGAGCAGAGCUUCUACCUCUUCGAGUCGAUGCUUCCUUUAGCUCCUAUGUAG